AUGGCGACGAAGGAAUUGUGGGCCGGGAUUGGAUCAGCCCUGGCGUUUUUAUUUACCCUCAUCACCAUGGCAAUGAACCAAUCCCGGAUCAAAGUGUUGAUCAACAAGAUCAGCGCAUACCUCAACCCAUACAAACAAAUCACCAUCCCAGAGUACGGCGCCGAGCGUUUCCAACGCAGCGACUUGUUCGUCGUGGUCGAGGCCUACCUCUCGGACUUGUGCCGUGAACUUGGGGCGCGCAAGCUCAAGGCCGAGCUGGAGAGCCACAUGCAAAGCCCCAGGCUCUGGUGGUACGCCGACACAGAGUCCCCGAAGUCCAACAUCAUCUGCUCGCGGCCUGGUGACGAGAAGCGCCGCUUCUACCGGGUUGCCUUCCAUAAAAGGUUCCACGACCUCAUCCUGGACAGCUACCUGCCCCAUCUCAUCGACCAGGGACGUGACGCCAUCGCCCGGAACCGCCAGCGCCGCCUCUUCACCAACAACCCAAGCAGCAGCUGGAGCUCCUACGGCGGCGGACACAAGACGAUCUGGAGCCACGUGGAGUUCCGGCACCCGGCGAAGUUUGACAUGCUCGCUAUGGAGCCUGCCAAAAAGGAGGAGAUCAAGGAUGAUCUCAACGCCUUCAAGGUUGGAAAGAGCUACUACGACAAGGCACCGGAAGUCCAUGAUGAUCGCCGCCAUGGCCAACCACCUGAACUACGAUAUCUACGACUUGGAGCUCACGGCGGUGAAGAACAACACGGAGCUGCGGAAGCUCCUCAUCGAGACCAAGGAAAAUCCAUCAUCGUCAUCGAGGACAUUGACUGCUCGGUCGACCUCAUCAACAAGCGCAGGGACAUGAAGGCCGACAAGAAGUCCGACGACCAGAGCGACGUGAAGACCAUGCUACAGAAGAAGGAGGAUGAGAAGGACGACGAAGACAGCAAGCUGACCCUUUCUGGGGUGCUCAACUUCAUCGACGGGCUAUGGUCGGCGUGCUGCCAAGAAGAGCGCAUCUUCGUCUUCACCACCAACUACAAGGACAAGCUGGACCCAGCGCUGAUCCGGCGAGGCAGGAUGGACAUGCACAUCGAGAUGUCCUACUGUCGCUACGAGGCGUUCAAGGUGCUGGCCCAUAACUACCUGGACAUCGACGAGCGCCAGUUUUUCGAGCUCUUCGGUGAGAUACACCGGCUGCUGGAACAGGUUGACAUGUCUCCUGCGGACGUUGCCGAGCACCUGAUAAGGACGGAGAAGAAGGAUGCCGGCGCAUGCUUGGAGAGUCUCGUCAGAGAUCUGAAAAAGUUAAAUGCCCAGAAGAACCCGGCAGCCGAUUGUCCUCCACAGGAUCCAGUUCUGACGGUGACGCCGGAUUUAAACCCGACAGUGAUCAAUAUAUUUGAGGAAGCAAGGGACAGUACAUUGGAGUCAUAA